AUCGCCUUCCCUGCCGCGACUCAUCCUCAAGAUGGACUUGAGCCCGUCAUCGGUAUCGAUCGCGAACACGUUGGGGCCUGUGUACGCUGGGUCAUAUGUCUCUGCUUUCCUAUUCGGUGUUACAACUCUUCAAGCCUACAUGUAUUACCGACAUUAUCGGAAAGAUAAGAUAUCACUCAAGCUCCUAGUUGCUGUGAUCUGGGCCUUCGACACCGCCCAUGCCGUGCUGGCUGCUCUGGGUGUAUAUCAGCUUAUGAUAGAGGGAGCGUCGAAUCUUGUGGGACUAUUUAUCCACCAAGUCCCUGUAGCCAUCAUCACCAUGAUUUUGAUGACGGGCUUGUCAGACGCUGUCAUUAGAUGUUUCUACUGUGCCAGAAUAUGGAAACUAAGCGACAGGAACUACUUCCUUUUCGGCGUCGCGCUUAUACCCAACAUCGCAGUACUAGUUGUCGAGAUAAUUUUGUACAGGAGAUGGCUCGAAACGGGGAGCGUUCUCCAACUUCUAGAUCUACGGACACUCUUCUAUACGACCUUUGUUCUGGUCGCCGCUUCCGAUUCCGUUAUUACGGCUAUUCUCAUCUUUCUCUUGUGGAAACGGCGGUCGGGGCUCCAGAAGACGUACUCUCUUAUAAAUAAAUUGAUGGUCUACAUUGUUACUACCGGGUUACUCACAAGUAUAUUCGCUUUGGCCGUCGUGAUCACUUUUGCCACAGUAUCAGGCUUCACUUUCGUUGGUAUCUUCACGGUCCUGAGCAAACUGUACUCGAAUUCCUGCCUCGCAACCCUUAACAAUAGAAGAUACCUCCAGGAGUCCACCCUCCCGCAUCACCAUCAUACACACUCCUCACGAUCUAUGCGACCUGGGGAUGUCACUUUCAUCCCGCUCACGCAGGUCUCGUCAGAAACGCCAUCGUCUGGAGCGAGGAGUAGACGUUAUCGUACUUCGAAACCCGACCUCGAGAUUCAAGUGAUAAAACCAUCUGAUUCUAUCCCUCCACCCUCACCGGCUCACUUGUCUCCAGAAGAAGUUGUCCACCAUGCUAUUUGA